GACUGAGAGAGGGAAGGAAGAGGAGGAGGAGGAGGGGUGUGUGCGGACGCCGGCGGAGCCGGGGCACCUCGGCCGGGACAGGCAGGGGCGAGCGGGCCGAGGCAAAGGGGCGAAGGGCCCACAGCCGAGGCAGCUCCCGACGAUUCCAACUUGCCAUGAUGGAAGAGGAGCAGCAGAAGCAACAUACACACUGUGUGAAUUGUGUCAGUAGACGAUGCAUGGCUAGACCAGAACCUGGGAUUUCCUGUGAUUUGAUUGGCUGUCCAUUGGUUUGUGGAGCAGUUUUCCACUCAUGCAAAGCUGAUGAACAUCGAAUAUUGUGUCCACUUGAACGAGUGCCUUGUUUAAAUAGUGGCUUUGGGUGUCCUUUUACAAUCACCCGAAGUAAAAUUGCUGAACAUCUAGAAAUAUGUCCUGCAAGUGUGGUGUGCUGUACUAUGGAGUGGAAUAGAUGGCCAGUUAGUUAUGCAGACCGAAAAUCUUAUGAAAAUCUAAGCAGAGAUGUUGAUGAAGUGGAACAACUAGACAUGGCAUUGGCCCUUCAGGACCAAAGGAUGCUCUUGGAAUCUCUCAAAGUUGCCACUAUGAUGUCAAAAGCAACUGAAAAAAUACCAGAACCCAAAGAACAAAUUACAGUUAAAUCAAGUGUCCCUGAUGUUCCACAUACUAAUGGUUUGGUGUCAGUUGAUGGAGAGUCUUAUGGUGCACUCUACCAAGCUACUGUAGAAACAACUAGAAGUUUGGCUGCUGCGUUAGAUAUCUUGAACACUGCUACAAGAGAUAUUAGUAUGUUAAAUACAAGACUAGGUGCUUCUCCAAGUGAAAUGGAUGAAGAACAAAAUUCUACAGAAAGCUUGAAGAUAAAGAACUCAAAAGACUGUGAAUAUCCAAAUGAAGAUGAGAUGGGAGCAGUUGGUGGAUUUGACCAUAAUGUCUCUGGUCAGAAUCCCCAGUCUGAACAAAAUGGCUCAAAUGAUGUCUGCUGUGACUUGAAUGAUAGUUUUGACAGCACUUCUGCUUUCUGUAAUGGCUUUCAUUUGGAUACUAUGCAUACAGAGGUUAUGGAUCAUAAUGAGGAUUUUAGUAGUAAGUCAGAUUUAUGUAAUUUAACAAAUGGUGAAUGUGUACCUUCUGACAAAGCUUUGCCUACCGAUUCACUUUCAGUAACCGCACAACUUGGAGAAGGAAUACAAUCUAGUACUUUGCCAAAUGGAAUGGUUCAGCAUAUCCUCUUACCAGAUGACUCCAGUAGAGGGGAAAUAUUAGAAAAUAAAGCAGAACAAGAAGGAUUGAGGAAUGUGGAUGUCCUUUCUUUAAUUCGGCCCCAGUCAUUUAAAUUCUUUUCUAGUUCCUGUUGGUUCAAAGCAAAGGAAGAUAAAGCAGUAGAUACUGCAGACUUGGAAGUUACUGAAGACCCCAUGGGCCUUCAGGGAAUAGAUCUAAUUACAGCUGCUUUGCUGUUUUGUCUAGGAGAUUCUCCUGGUGGAAGAGGUAUAUCUGAUAGUCGUUUUGUUGAUGUCUGCCAUGUUGACUUUGGGACUCAAACUUUUUCACUUCCUUCUGCAAUUUUAGCCACAAAUACAAUGGUCGGGGAAAUAGCUUCUGCUUCAGCUUGUGAUCAUGCCAACCCACAGCUCUCAAAUCCAAGUCCUUUUCAGACACUUGGACUGGACUUAGUAUUGGAAUGUGUGGCAAGAUACCAAAUCAAGCAGCGUUCAAUGUUUACAUUUGUUUGUGGACAAUUAUUUAGAAGAAAAGAAUUUUCUUCCCAUUUUAAGAAUGUGCAUGGUGACAUUCAUGCUGGACUUAAUGGCUGGAUGGAACAGAGGUGUCCUUUAGCCUAUUAUGGGUGUACGUAUUCUCAGCGUAGGUUUUGUCCUUCAACACAAGGGGCAAAGAUUAUACAUGAUCGCCAUUUGAGAUCAUUUGGGGUUCAGCCAUGUGUAUCUACAGUAUUAGUAGAACCUGCUAGAAACUGCUUGCUUGGCUUACAUAGUGACCAUCUGAGUAGUCUUCCUUUUGAGGUCCUACAACAUAUUGCUGGAUUUUUAGAUGGUUUUAGUUUAUGCCAGUUUUCAUGUGUAUCACGGCUAAUGAGAGAUGUGUGUGGAAGUCUGCUUCAGUCCCGUGGAAUGGUCAUACUUCUUUGGGAAAAAAGGAAAUACCCUGAUGGGCAUUCAUCAUGGCAGAUACGAGAAAAGGUAUGGCGAUUCAGUACUGCAUUUUGUUCAGUGAAUGAGUGGAAAUUUGCUGACAUCCUUAGCAUGGCCGACCACUUGAAGAAAUGCAGUUACAAUAUUGUAGAGAGAAGGGAAGAAGCUAUUCCAUUACCAUGUAUGUGUGUAACACGGGAACUCACUAAAGAAGGACGAUCACUACGCUCAGUCUUGAAACCUGUACUUUAAAUGAUAGUCACUUCUUUUGCGCACAUACAAUCACACCUACAAUCAGCUCUGUGUAAUAUGUGAUACUUUAUUAAUGUACUAAAGAUGUCUAGCAAAGUCUUCUGUCACUAUGUAUAUAAGGUUUUGAAGUGACAUUUAUUUUUUAUAAAAUAAGUACAAUUUAGUUGGAAGAAACAAUUUGCCUUAAUGUUUGAAACUUGCUGGACAGGAUAGUUUUUUCUAACUUAUAUUGGUCAUAUUUUUGUUGAAUAGAUGUUUAGAAUUAGUAUUUUUAAUGUGUGCACAUUUCAGAUCACAAAUUUUUUGAGUUUAAUAUACUAACAAGAUCCUGACCAAAUGAUUUUGUACUUGUUUUCUGCAAGGUGUGACCCUUUGCAUUCAAAAACUGAAACAAGUUUGCAAUACAUAUUUUAGAUUUUAAAAUAACUAAGCUAUUUUAGUACUGCCAUAACUCUUCAGCAUUCUUGUUCUUAAUACUUUCCUUUUACAAUUGUUGACACAUAGGUGACCUAGAAUAUAUAGUUUAGAAAGAUGUUAAGCAGUGUGAUUUGGAACAUUUGUUGUUUCUUUAAAAUACCCAAAGGUUAAUUACUUUGUGUAUUUGUAAGAGUCACACAGAAAGCAAAACUAUUUCUAACUAUUUUUGUUAUAGCUAACACCAAACCUCAUGGAAAUAUGUUAUGGUAACAAGUUAAAGUAAAAUCAUAAAAGAUGAAUGCUUAAAAAUCUUUGCAUAUUCAUUUACUUUAACUCAGAUCUAUUCAUGAUGUUAAUUAUUUUGCUAGAUGUUUGAUAGGGUUGUAAGGGAAGUGGUAUAUUGCUUCUUAGCCUAUUUGGGCUAAGAUCAAGUGAAGAGAGGUGGGGAACAUAUACCUCAUUUUAGGCUUGUGAAUUAGGAAUAUCAGAUGCAUAAAUUUUAAAUAUUCAAAGGGCUUAACUCAUACAUAUUUUAUAGGCCUUACUACAAGCAUUGUUUGUUUUUUUUACUUUGGUCAAAAAAAAUGCCACUGUAUGUUCUAAGGUGCAUCUUAAAAUGUCAGUAAAGAGUUUAUUGUCUUCAUAAGAUUGUAGCCCAUUGACUACAUAAAUACAUCUUAAGCCAUUCUCACCCACCUUUGAAAACACUAUCAGAUAAUUUCCAUACAGUCUUGCAUAACAGGAAAUGAAUAUGAUUUUUCUAUAGAAAUCAAGUAGUAAGAAUAUGUCCCAUGAACAUCACACUUGGAGGAUUUCAUAGAGUUUUCAGCCUUCUGUGGACUGUUAUUGACCUGAUAUGGUUGAUGACUAAUGCCACUAUUUAGAAUGAGAAUGACUAGAUCAGCAUUUGAGAAUAUUAAACUGAAAAGAUGGUGACAUAUUUACUCAGAGGGGAGGACACAAAUAAUUUCUGGUACUUAGUACCUUGCAAUAGUGUUAAUUUGCCAUCUUUACACACCUAUAAAUUCUGAAACACUAAUAUAUCUUUUCAUCUCCUUUCCUAUGUCAGAUCCUGAGUGUGCUAUAUUAUUGCUAAGUUCUUUAUUUCCUUAUAUGGCAAUCAGGCUGGACAGAAGCAUUCCUUGGCCACUGGAAGAGUUCUGCAACAGCUAAGAAUUGUUUUUGCUGAAUUGGGCCCUUAUUGCAGUUGAAAAUAUCAUACAUCUGAAGAACAAUCAACUCUUUCUUUGCCAAUCAUUUAAGUAGUAUAACUACACUAAUUUCUCAGUGCCUAUACUUGAUGUGUCAUGCAUGAGAUGCUGAGUUGCUUAACAAGCAAAUAUUAAGUUUUCAUGAGAAAUUGGAAUGAAAAUAACAAAUCAUAAAAUUCUGCCAUGUAAAAUAUUGCAGAUGUGGAUAAGAAAGUGUAUAUACAAUCAGGGUAACAGAAGCAUUCAUUUUCCUUUGAUUUUGUCAUGGUACGAAUUUAGACUGUUGAGUUUAUGGUCAUAAACCUCUUGUGUUGACGUAGUUUCUCAAGGUACAUUUUCUAUCUCAUUACAUCUCUGUUGUCACAUAUCUCUAGCAACAUUUUUUUGUUUGUGUGAUACACCAUAUUUCCAUGUUAUCAUUUGGUUUUGUUAUAUUACCUGUUAAAAUUCUAAUAAAAUUAAUGUUUGUUUUCCCUUUAUGUGGCUCAAUAGCUUUUCAAAAACCUGAAUGAUAUAAUAUGUUUUAUUUGAGGCAAUUUGGAAUUUUUCAUAAUUAAACGUCUGGUACUGUUAACUCUCAUCUCUGGUGUACAUCAUCUGCAUGCUGCCCAGCUUACUCAUUGGCCACUUUCACUCUCCCAGGCUCCCUAGACUCAUCUAUGCAAAAGCCUUUUUUGUUUUCCUUUCCUAGGCUUGGGUAUGAAAGUGAUAAAAUGAUUACUUUCCAUACUCUUCUCUGAUGACUUUUAGGACCUAGCCUUAUUCUAUGCAAAAACCUUUUAGUAAGAUGUAAAGUUUUGUUUGUCUGAAUGCCUAUCUUUUUAUUUUGUUGAUUGGCAUAAGAUUAGGAUUUGAAAAGUAGUCAUUUAAAAGGAAGUUUAUCAAAAGGGAGGCAUAAAAUCUGAAUUUAGCAUUAUCAGCUCCUGCAUUCUUUUUUAAGACUGCUACCUAUUGGCCUGUCUUUUACUAUUUAUCCUACUACCUACCUAAAAGAUUCAGUGAAAAAUAUGGGUUUGGUUAUCCACCAUUUUGCAAUAUUAUUGUUAAUAUUUUUCCCUAUUAGCAUACAUAGUUGCAAGUUAAUAUGUUAGGGAUUUAUUAGACUAAAAUAAGAAAAUCAAAUAACAGUAUAGUGUAGGACAGUGCUUUGUAAUUGUUUCAGCAGUUUAAGUCCAUGUGACAGUGAAUAUAUUCCUUUGCGUUUUUAUGGCUAAAUAGCCCUAUUUAAUUAAAAUGGAAUCAUUUCCAUAACUCAAGAGGUAUCUUGAUUUUCUUAUGUACUUUAAUAGACUUGUUAUUAUCUCCUUUGGAAAAAGUAAAUUGCUGUAUAAUUUUUCUAAUUUGUUGAUGCUGUGUCAAUGUUUAUACAACAUUCACUUUAAAACUAAAAUUUUACAUGCUAUUUGUUCCUGGUAUGGCAAUUCCAUCUCUCAGGAUUUUAGUAUAAAAAUGCAAAAGGUAGCAAGAGAUUGGAUUAACCCUAAAAAGGAGCAAAAUGAUUGUUGGAAGUUAAAGAAAAAGAUUCUCUGUAUUUUAUUAAUCUAGAGACCUAAUGAAAGGGACUUUUAUAAAGAUUGAGACUUGGCAUCUUUAGCAAGAUAAACUAUAACUUGGGCCUUGUGCUUUGUUCUCUUUUUCUUCUGUUGGUUUUUGUUGUGGUUUUUUUGGUGAGGCAAUUGGGGUUAAGUGACUUGCCCAGGGUCACACAGUAAGUGUCAAGUGUCUGAAGCCAGAUUUGAACUCAGGUCCUCUGGAAUCUGGGGCCAGUGCUCUAGCCACUGUGCCACCUAGCUGCCCCUUUUUUCUUCUGUUUUAAUCUACUAUUUAAAUUUAAAGAAAUAAGAGGUCACUAAUAUUCAAAUGUCAUGGACUUCACUUAUGUGAAUACCUCCAUCUCUUCAAAACACAACACAAAAUGUGUUUGAACAAGGUAUGAGAUCACAAAACAAAAUGUAAGCAAACUGAAUAAUUGCAUUAGUUAGGCAGUCUCAUUUAGACCGGCCCUUAACCUGAAAAAUCUUAUAAAAGUCAAAAUUAUCUGUGCAAGGAUUUCAAAUUGCUUAAAUUACCUACAGUUUUCUUUCUUUGUUUUUUUUUUAGUGAGGCAAUUGGGGUUAAGUGACUUGCCCAGGGUCACACAGCUAGUAAGUGUUAAGUGUCUGAGGCUGGAUUUGAACUCAGGUACUCCUGACUCCAGGGCUGGUGCUCUAUCCAUACAGUUUUCUUUUACUUCAUAUAGGGACCUGGUGACUGAAAAUAAAAUAUUUGGAAGUAAAGAGAGAUGAAAGUACAUAUUUCUCUAUCCCUGUGAUAGAAUUAUUCAUGGCUAAAAUUAAAUGAGUGAAAAUUCUAAUACCCUGUAGUACCAAACUCUCAAGUAUAACUAUGACUCCCUUUGUGUUUGGAUGCUGUUCUUUGAAGAUAAUCCCUACUUUUCACUAUUCAUUUUCUAGACUAGAAAACAAUGGAAUAUUAACUAGUUAGUUUUACUUUUUAACCAUUACUCAAAUACUAAUAUGUUCUAGCAUAUUAGAAAAUUGUGUGUGGUUGUCUCUUAAAAUCUCACACAUUUACAAUUUGAUUUAGAUAUGAAUGCAGGUUGUUUUUGUAAAGACAAACUUAAAAUAGUUGACAUUUAAAAUAUGAGCUAUUUAUGUAUAGAUAAUUUGCCUUUUUUAAGUAACCAUUCAUUCAGUUGCUUGUGACAUCCAGAUAUUUAGAAACUCCAGAUAGUUUAUAGACUCUUCACAACACUCCAAUUUUAUAGAUGUGAAAAUAGGUGCCCAAAGGUGGUUGGGAAAUGAGUGUUGAACAAAUUUGGAAAUAAUGUGCGACCUUGACUUGUGGCUCAAUUUUCUAUUUUAUGGUAGAGGUACACUGGGGAGAUCUCGUUAUGAGUGUGGGGAAAUUGUUGGGAAUAGUAUGUUUUUUAUUUCAACAUGGUCUCUAGCACCAGUAUAGGGAAGAAAAAUUAAGAAAACUGCUUUCUUAAUGUCAGAAAGAAGAAAAGGUGGUUUAUGGUAAGUGUAACAAGCUGGUUACCGAAACUUAUGUAUACAUUAUAAGCUGUUGGGUAUUUGGUAGAUAUUUUUCAUCCACUUUAUUAUAAAUCCUAAAUGUAGUUGUGAAAUAUAAAUUUAUAUGUAUAACCUUAUGUUGUAUGGGGCCAAGACUGCCUGAUGAAUCUUAAUUUGUUUAUUCCCGUUAUUGGUUUCUUCCUGUGUUUCUAUGUUCAUUUAUCCUUUAAGUAAGUAAAAGAAAGUGUAAAGUUAUGCUUUUUGUUCCUCUUCCAACCCUUUUGAUAUAAAUAUGUUUUAAGGAAAGCAUUACAUCAUUAGAUACGGAGAUGUUUCAAAGUGAAUAUGCAUUUGUGUUGCUUGCUAUGAAAGAUGAUUUUUCAUUAAUAUAGUAAUGAACCAAGGAAUAGGUUAGUAGGGGGAGCUAGUUAAUAACUUUUAUGUGAAAAGUAAAACCUCGUUACAAUGGAAUUUGUUUUAUUUUCUACAGGCUAGGUGAAGGCGUUUUGUUUUGUUUUGUUUUUGCACUAAUUUGGGGGGAAAGCGUUUUUUAAAAUUGAUAAGGAUGUCAAGGAGGAAAAAUGUAGAACCUGCUCAUAAAAUUAAUAGUAGUAUUUACUUGUAAACAGUAAAUGUGCUAAUUGCAAAUUAUUCUUACCUGUUUAUUAUAUCAAAAAUUUAUAAAACAUGAUUGUAAUUCUGCAUGUACUUAUGGAAAAGUGUCAUUUUAUGACUUAAGUUCCAUAACUUAAACUUUUUACAAUUUUGAACUGAGCCAGUCCCCUUUGAAGACAACAUGCUUAAAUAAAUCUCUGCAAUCUUUUCGAGUUCUUUAAAACAGGGUAAUUUAGGAGGGUUUUGGUGUUAAAACCACAGAGGAUUUACUGAAGAUAAGAUGGAUUUAGAAUGCACCUACCUUCUUUGGCAAGUAAUUAGGGUAGUAUAAAUGUAGUACAAUUUCUAAUUUAUAGAGGUGUGAAUUUAGAACUGUUAGCAGUCAUUUCUUACUUGACAUCUCCUCAUUUAGUUACUGAUGGGAUAGGCUUUUAUAUAUUCCUGCCCGUCUUUUCUGUGUCACCUCUGUUCCAGCGUACAUUUUGCCUAUAAGGUUAUCUUAUGGGCCUGAGAUCUUUACAUCACUAAUCCCUAUCAACUAUCUAAUAAUGUGAUCAAGGACUUAACAUGAUAGUGGCAAGGAACUUUGGCAAUUAAAAUUCUCUUGGCCCUGGUUUUCUAGUACGGGCCAUACUAAAAUUUCUAUCUGUAGCACAAUAAUAAAACAUUUCAGACUCUACAAGGAGUACACAGGAGCUAUUUAUUUGGCACUGAUUGAAUUUUAGUUUUGCUCAAGUUAUCUUUAUAUCCUCUUAAAUUAGAAUUCAUAGGCAGGUCCAUUAAAAAAACAAACUGUAAAUUUAGAGAAGCUAAUGUAACAGUGCUUCACCAAAAUCUGAGAAAACAUUUGCCAACUGCUGAAAAGUUGUCAGAUUAUUAUGUAAAUCACAUUAAAUACUAAGCAUAAGCAGAUUUCUUUUUGAAAUUCAGAAUUGCCAAAUGAGGUGCUCAUUUAUAAUUAUUUUGUUAGCUUCAUCAUAUGGAAGAGGCAAAGAGGAAGCUAAAGAAAGAAUGUACUUCUACAACAUGCCUACAGUUAUGAUAGUACUGGCAUAUUCACAUAUGUAUAUGUAAGUGGUUAAGAAUUUUAAAAUUCACUCAUGGCUUUAUAUGCAGCUUUCAAAAUUUGUUGAAGUUCUACCAUAUGACAGGAUGGUUAGAAAACUAAUCAGUGUUUGAAUGUUUGAAUUGAGUUAUGAAAGGUAAUUUCAAUGUAUUACUAUUACUCAGCUUUUUUAUUCAUCUUUUUAUUUCUUGAUAUGAAAUGGUAGUUUGACUUUUCCCUAAAGACAAAGGUGCAAUAUUCCUAAUUAUGUAAAAAACUUUUUAAUUGAUACAACAUAAUUUAGAUACUUAGUAACUUGACAAAUUGAUUUAUAUAUAGGUAUGUAUGUGUACAUGUGUGCUAAUGUGUGUGUAUGUAUAUACAUACAUAUUUUUUUCUUAUAGUUCUGCUCCACAAAAAUGCUGCUGACAGUAUUAGUCAAGAAGUAAUUCACAGUUUCUCUGCUUUUUAUGCAGCAGAUAGUGAAUAAUUUGUUUUUAUCAAUGCUCAUUUUCCACCUUUUUUGCACAUUACUUUUUCUUAUGCCACAUCUCUCAAACCUAAAGAGCUGGUUUUUUAAAGAGCUUUUUUUAAUGUAAUUUUCAGAGUUUUACAGUUUUGUACUUUUGUGUUCUUUUUAAAGUAGUAAAUUCAGAUGUUAUUGGAUAGGA